AUGUCUUCAAAUGAUAAAAAUACUAAAAUAAAACAGGAAGAUACUACAAACACCAUUAGUUCAUCUACUACCGCAGCUGCUACGACUACUAGCCCUACUAAUACUGCUACUAAUACUACUGUCAGUAAUAAUACUAGCACCACGGCAGCCACCACUACAAAAUCAUCAACUCUGCCGAACCAAGAUAAGAAACCUAUUACGACUACAUCGUCGUCAUCAUCAACAUCUACCACUAAUACAAAAAAUAGUAAUACAGGCAGCAACAAAAACAAUAAUACCACUAAUAAUAAUAAUAAUAAUAAUAAUAGUAAUAGUAACAAUGGUACCAACAGUAAUAAAUCAGUAAGUAAUAAAACUCAGACGGACCCAAAUAAGAUGCAAGAUGUUCUGCUCUCUGCAGGUGUAGAUAUAAGAGAGGAAGAAGCUUUAUUGACUGGGUCGGUCACUGCAACAAGGAAUCAAGCCAAAAGUAAUUCAAAUACUGGUGGUAAUACUUCGCAUAACUCAACAACAGUUCCACCUCAUUUGCCAUUUUUACAUCCUGAUCAAUUAUCUAAAUUUAUGAAACGUGUUAGUAAAGAACAUCAUUUUGACCAUAAUUAUUUGAAGAAUUUGACUAAAAAUAAUGGAGAGAUCCUCAAUAUGGUCUCUACUUCAUGUGAAACGUAUAUGAGAGAUAUAAUAACUAAUGCAUUAAUUAUCUCACGACAUCGUCGUCGUGGUGUACAAUUGAAUACAGGAAGACGUAGUGAAGUGGCUAUUGCAUUGAAAUCUAUUGCACAAUCGCAGAAGAAAGAGGAAGAGAGAAGACUGAAGAAGAGAAUUGCUUUAGGUUUAGAGAAGGAGGAUCUUGAGAAUAAAGUGGAUUCUGAGGAGACUUUACAUAGAGCUUCAAAUGUUACUGCCGGAUUAAGAGCGGGUAGUAAGAAACAAUAUGGCUGGUUAACUGCGUCUGUAGCAAAGCCAACUACGUCCACAAUAAAAUCAGCAGGAAAAAUUGCAAACGAGAUUGCCGCCCGUGGUGAAAGUGGUCUUAGGUUUAGAGAAGCUAGAGAAGAGCCUGGAAUUGUCAUGAGAGACCUGUUAUUUGCAUUAGAAAACAGACGUAAUGGUGUUCACAAUGUGAUUACUAAAGGUUACGCAAGAAUAAGAGAUUGA